AUUAUUCUCUCCCCAUCACAUAUAAGUACCCCCCCCAACUCUUCUGUACCAAACUAGUUUCCAUCUCAAAAUCAUACAAACUAAAAACCCAUAGCUUCUCUUUUACGUUUAACCAUGAACAAAUAGGAAAAUGGGGUCCAAAAAUGAGGUAGUGUUCGAAGAUUUUUUCCCUGCCAUGGUUGAGAAACUGGGUGCUGACGGUUUUAUGAAGGAGCUGAGCAACGGGUUUCGGUUGCUGGUGGAUGGAGAAAAGGGAGUGAUCACUUUCGAGAGCUUCAAAAAGAAGUCGGCAUUGCUUGGGUUGAAAGAGAUGAGCGAUGAGGAGGCCAAGUGCAUGCUGAGGGAAGGUGAUUUGAAUGGGGAUGGGGCUUUGAAUGAGAUGGAGUUUUGUACCCUCAUGCUUGGGCUCAGUCCUGAGUUGAUGAACGAUUCCCAAAAAUUACUUGUAGAAGCGAUUGUCCAUUUCUAGACGGUUUGUCCACCUAUUAUUUAUUUAAUUGGGCUUUUGUAAUUUGUACCGCG